AUGGCGCCGAUGCUCCAACCUGACGCCGUCGACACCGACGCGUCAAUGUCGGAUGCGCCCGCGCCUCAUAAUAACGAGAGAAUGCUUCCCCAGGAUGUCGAUGAGACGCCCGACUACACAGAUUCCGACACCAACCCCAACACCACAGCUAGCAGCGUGGCUGGCGAGCCUAUCGGCGAUGGAAGAAAGCGCAGGUCAGAGGCUACAGCCCUGCGCCGCAGUAUAUUCGGCAAAAAACACGAUCGGUUGGGCGAGUCAAAGGAAGACGAUACCAUUCGACGUUUCCGAUACCUCCUUGGCCUCACUGACCUCUUUCGCCACUUUAUCGAGACCAAUCCCAACCCAAAAAUCCGUGACAUCAUGGCCGAAAUCGACCGACAGAAUGAGGAGGCCACACGCGGGAAGAAGUCUGGCCCUAGACAAGGCGGCGCUACUAGCGAGAGGAGACGCCGUACGGAGGCAGAGGAAGAUGCUGAACUUCUCAAAGACGAGAAGCAUGGCGGCUCGGCUGAGACUGUCUUCCGCGAUUCCCCUGGCUUCAUCCAGGGCCAGAUGCGCGACUACCAGGUUGCAGGCCUGAACUGGCUCAUCUCAUUACACGAGAAUGGUAUUUCUGGUAUUCUGGCUGAUGAAAUGGGCCUUGGCAAGACGCUGCAAACCAUUUCUUUCCUUGGCUAUCUUCGCCACAUUGUCGAUAUCACUGGCCCGCACUUGGUCAUUGUCCCAAAGUCUACCCUCGAUAAUUGGAAGCGAGAGUUCGCCAAAUGGACACCCGAAGUCAAUGUCCUUGUUCUCCAGGGUGCCAAAGACGAGCGUCACGAACUCAUCAACGAUCGCCUAGUCGAUGAAAAAUUCGACGUCUGUAUUACGAGUUACGAAAUGGUGCUGCGCGAAAAGUCGCACCUCAAGAAAUUUGCCUGGGAGUACAUUAUUAUUGACGAGGCCCAUCGUAUCAAAAAUGAAGAAUCAUCCUUGUCUCAAGUUAUUCGACUCUUCACCUCGCGAAACCGACUCCUCAUUACUGGUACGCCUUUGCAGAACAACUUGCAUGAGCUGUGGGCGCUUCUCAACUUCCUUCUUCCCGAUGUAUUCGGCGACUCGGAGGCCUUUGACCAAUGGUUCUCUGGCGAAGACCGCGAUCAAGAUACUGUCGUUCAGCAGCUGCAUCGCGUUCUUCGACCCUUCCUGCUCCGACGUGUCAAGAGUGACGUUGAGAAAAGCCUGCUUCCCAAGAAGGAGGUCAAUCUCUAUCUUGGCAUGUCUGAUAUGCAGAUCAAGUGGUACCAAAAGAUUCUCGAGAAGGAUAUUGACGCGGUCAACGGUGCCGGUGGCAAACGUGAAUCCAAGACGAGACUGCUCAACAUCGUCAUGCAGCUGCGAAAAUGCUGCAACCAUCCCUAUCUAUUCGAAGGUGCCGAACCCGGCCCUCCCUACACCACGGACGAACAUUUGGUGUACAACGCCGGUAAAAUGAAGGUUCUGGACAGACUUCUGAAGCGCCUUCAGGGCCAAGGAAGCAGAGUUCUCAUCUUUUCCCAGAUGAGCAGACUGCUGGAUAUCCUCGAAGACUACUGUGUGUUCAGAGACUAUAAAUACUGCCGCAUCGACGGUGGUACUGCACACGAGGACCGUAUCGCCGCCAUUGACGAGUACAACAAGCCCGGCUCCGAGAAAUUCGUUUUCUUACUCACCACAAGAGCUGGUGGUCUUGGUAUUAACCUGACUACUGCUGAUAUUGUUAUUUUAUAUGACAGCGAUUGGAAUCCUCAGGCUGAUCUGCAAGCCAUGGAUCGUGCGCAUCGUAUCGGUCAGACAAAGCAAGUGGUUGUUUAUCGAUUCGUCACAGAUAACGCCAUUGAAGAAAAGGUCCUGGAGCGAGCUGCACAGAAACUCCGCCUUGAUCAGCUCGUCAUUCAGCAAGGCCGUGCGCAGCAGGGUGCCAAGGCCGCAGCCAACAAGGAUGAACUCUUGUCUAUGAUUCAACAUGGCGCAGAGACGGUUUUCCAAGCCAAGGGCUCUACUGUUGGCAACAAUGAUGAGAUGAAGGAAGAUGAUAUUGAUGCUAUUCUCAACAAGGGCGAGUCUCGUACCAAACAGCUCAACGCCAAGUACGAGAAGCUUGGUCUCGAUGACCUGCAGAAGUUCUCUUCAGAGUCUGCCUACGAAUGGAAUGGUGAAAACUUUGCCAACACCAAGAAGGAUAUUGGCAUGACAUGGAUCAACCCUGCAAAGCGAGAGAGAAAGGAACAGUCGUACUCGAUGGACAAAUAUUUCCGACAGGCCAUGUAUCCGAAUCCCAAGACCGAGAGCAAGCCCAAGGCCCCAAGAGCUCCCAAGCAGAUUCCUGUCCACGACUACCAGUUCUAUCCUCCCAGACUCCAAGAACUGCAAGAGCGCGAAACAGCCUAUUACAGAAAGGAAAUCGGCUACAAGGUCGUCCUUCCCGACGGCGAGGAAGACACACUCUCCGAUCGGGAGGCUGAGCGGGCAUUGGACCAGCAGGAAAUCGACAAUGCCACGCCCUUGACUGAAGAAGAGCGCGAAGAGAAAGAAGAACUAUCAACGCAAGGUUUCGGAAACUGGAGCAAGCGAGACUUCCAACAAUUCAUCAAUGGCUCCGGCAAGUUUGGUCGCAACGACUACAACGGAAUAGCCACAGAAAUCGGCAGCAAGACAGCCCCAGAAAUUAAGGAAUACGCCAAGGUGUUUUGGCAAAGAUUCACGGAAAUUGCCGACUACAACAAACAUAUCAAGGUUAUUGAGGACGGCGAGGAACGCACGCGGCGCAUCGAGCAGCAGCGCAAGCUCCUGCGCAAGAAGAUGCAGCAAUACCGCGUACCAUUCCAGCAACUCAAGAUCAAUUAUUCCGUGUCGACAACUAAUAAGAAGGUCUAUACUGAGGAAGAGGACCGCUUCCUCCUGGUGCUUCUGGACAAGUAUGGCAUCGAUUCUGACGGCCUGUACGAGAAGAUGCGCGAUGACAUUCGGGACUCGCCUCUGUUCCGCUUUGAUUGGUUUUUCCUCAGCCGCACGCCUGUGGAGCUGUCCCGUCGCUGCACGACCCUGAUCACGACUGUCGUCAAGGAGUUUGAGGACGGUGCUGCCGGGCGAGGCGGCGCCGCCAAUGGCACCAGCAGCAAAGCUAAGCGUGAGCAGCAGGACGACAACGAUGAGGACAGCAUCCUGGGCAUGCCGGCGAAGAAGAAGUCCAAGAAUGGCGUAAAGAACAAGGCGCUGGAUAAUGUCAAGUCCAAGUCGGGCAAGGCCAGCAGCAGCAAGGCCAGCUCUGCCGCGCCAUCCCGCGCGUCCAGCGUGGCGUCCAGCAACUCCAACGCUGGCAAGAAGAAGAAGAAAUCCAAGAAAUAG